CAAAACCGCCCUCCCCUCCCCCUUUAGCUCAAGGUCUGGGUCCUCCACUGUUGACUGCCACGCACUCAUUGACUUUUUUUUAACUACCACACGAUUGAUGACUACUUCAUGUGACGGCUCACAUGAAAUAGCAUGAUUGCAUAACGUUUAGACAAAUUUCCUGAUGCGUUUUGUGAUACCUGAUAUGUAGUGUAGCUUCCUGAAAAUUUUUACUCUCUGACAAAACCAAAUUGUUCGGCGAAUCUGGUAAACAAACCUUCGAGACCUUCCAGCCCUGUUUUUUCUCGUUUUUUUAGGCUUUUCGGGUCUGCUAAUUUUGUCGUUUGUCUUUUAACGUAUUUUAACCAGUGAAAACUCGUUAAUAAAUCAAUAAUAAUUCGUUUUUAGCAUGCGGAAAUGAAAUGCUAUUUUACUCCUUACAACUUCCCUUGUGGCUGAGAUGACCCCGUUUAAGCCAACACGUAUCAAGUGUUUAGUCGUAAAUACUUAAACGACCCGUAAUGAGAAAUUGCACCAAAGUAUCUUUUUCGUAGCACCGAAGUUAAGUGUGUAAGUUUAUUCGCGUUCUGUCAUGGCCAAGUUGAAAGGAGCAACCGAACAAAAGGAUUCUAGCCAACCAGGUUGCUGCUUUCCACGCCAAUUUAAUCCAUGUCGCCUGUGGUCGUCGUUCUGUAGCUGGUAUUUGCGUCUUGUGGAGCGCUUCUUCGCUUGGUAUGGUGGAGGAAUUGCAAAGCAUCCACUGAUAACAAUCCAAAUAUGUAUCGUGUUUGUUAGUGUCUGUUCCGUGGGAUUCAUUUGGUUCCAAACAGAAAACAGAACUGUAAAUCUGUUCAUCCCUCAAACCAGCCGGGCGUUAGAUGACUUAGACACAGCCGAAAAAUACUUCCGAGUGAAAAUUCGAGAGGAAAUCGUCAUGUUGGAGGCAUCCUCUGAUCGUGCCAAUGUUCUUGAUCCUGAGUGUCUCAAGCAGGCCUUCAGGGUUCACAACGCAGUUAUGGAAGUGGAAUCUUAUCUCGACUUCUGCGUCACGCUCUCAGGGAACAAAUCCAAGUCACAAGACGAUUGUAUGAUGGUCAGCCCGCUGGAAUUUGUGCAGUUCAAUGAAAGUAAGCUAGACGGUAAAAGCCUAAAUGAGAUUCGACAGGACCUAGACAAAGCGUUAAGCGGCACUGCUCUCAUGCGCAAUGGACGUCCCUUCCGGUUCAGCUUCAACCGCAUGUUUGGCAGUGUCAAACGAGAUCGUGGAAGCAUAGCCAGCGCUAAAGCAUUACAGAUGGUGUAUUCCAUGCGUGACCCAAGUGACGAAGACGAGAACGAAAAAGUUCUGAAAUGGGAGAAGAAUUUCAUCAACAAAAUGGCAUCGUUAGAGGACGAACUUUCUUGCUUCAAAGUCCACUACUCAAGUGAGAGAAGCCUGGACGAUGCUAUUGCCGAAAGCAGCGGAUCUGACAUUACACUGGUUUCAAUCACUUUCACUCUCAUGAUCAGCUUUGCUAGUUUCAUGCUUGGAAAGUUCUUGAAUCCGCUGACCGGUCACUCCUUGCUCGCUAACGCAGGAGUGUUUGCAGUGGCCCUGGGUAUUCUAGCUGGGUUUGGUGUCGCCAUGUGGUUUCGGGUACCAUUCGUCAGUAUCGUUGGAGUCUUACCGUUCUUGGUUCUGGGAAUCGGCAUCGAUGACAUGUUUAUCAUGGUGGAUGAGCUUGAUCGACAGCCACGUGAAAUGACAAUGAUCCAAACUAUUAAAACCGUUAUGAAGCAUGCAGGAGCAACUGUUACCAUGACGACAAUGACAGAUUUGGUGGCGUUUGCAGUUAGCACUUCUACAUCAUUUCCAGCGAUAAAGUAUUUCUGUAUCUACGCUGCGCUGACAGUGACCUUCUCCUUCCUUAUGAUUGUCACAUACUUCGUGGCCAUUAUGUCAUUUGACGUGAAGAGAAUAAAGUCAGGCCGCAGAGAUUGCUUACCAUUCUGCCUUGCGCCUCGGCCGAAAGAGGGAGGGCCAGAAUGGGAUGAACCUGUUCCACAGACGUCAAAUCGGGCCAUGAAGUUGUGGGGUACAUUGUUGACAAACCCAGUAACAAAAGUUGUGGUUAUAUUCUUGUCGCUGGCGUUGCUUAGUGCUGGGAUAUACGGGGUCACCCAAGUGGAUGAAUCGUUUGACAGACGAAUCCUGGCAAAAGAUGAUUCUUACUUGAGACGAUUUUUGUCCGCGGAAGAAAAGCAUUUUGUGCUGUCCAUCCAAGUGAGCAUCGUGGAGAGUGGUGAAGUAGAUUAUGAGCAGGACCCCAUCCAGAAACAGAUCAGAGAGCUGACAAACAUUAUCACAGAAAAUAAACAUUACCUUAACCGAUCCCUCUCCUGGAUAGACAUAUUUUCCCAGUAUGCCAAAAGUUCUGGGAAAAACAUCACCGGUCAAGGCUUUUUACCUGAAUUGAAAGCAUUCCUCAGCAUUCCCGAUUAUGCUUAUUUCAAUCAAGACUUGAAGUUCUCCGAGGAUGGCAACAAACUGGUAGCUUCUCGCGUCCUGGGUUUCAUGAAGAAUGACGGCAGCUCCACCUUCCAGAAAAACGCCAUGCUCACUCUCCGAGAUGACAUCGCAGAGAAAACCGAACUCGAUGCCUUCCCAAUUACUCGAUUUUUUAUUUUCUUUGAACAGUACGCUAUAACAUCAAGGGAAACCUUAAGGAACCUGAUAAUUGCGGGCAUAGCGGUACUAGUCGUCACAAGUCCCUUCUUGGUGGACUGUACCGUAACGUUCAUCGUGGUCCUCAACUUUGCAGCCCUAAUAUGUGAGUUAUUUGGACUGAUGGUUAUCUGGGAUGUGUCCCUUAACUCCGUGUCCAUGAUCAACCUUGUAAUGGCUAUUGGGUUCGCAGUCGAUUACAGCGCGCACAUUGCACAUGCCUACAUAACGUCAAGCAUGGUUACAGCCAAUGACCGAGUAGUGGAUGCAUUGAGCACACUGGGAGCGAGUGUCUUCAUGGGAGGAUUCAGUACGUUCCUUGGCAUGGUCGUUCUGGCGUUCGCCUCCUCGGAGAUUUUCCGAAUAUUCUUCCGAAUGUUCUUUGGAAUUGUAGUUCUUGGCCUUCUUCACGGCUUGUGUAUUAUGCCAGUUCACCUGUCGUUGCUGUGCUGGAGACCCGCUAUCGCCCGACCCCCCUCGGUAGGAGACAGUACUGAGAAACGGAACAGCACUGGCAAGAAAGAUCGACACAACAAAGCAGCUGACAGAAGCCUCCGGAUGGUACCAAUUGGAAGUGAAGACACUGAAGAUUUCGCUGAAGUACACAGUAAGGGAAGCAACGACGAUCAUACCCCCCAGAAAGACGGAACAGACGGCGCUCAGCAGGCAGUGACUGGUGAUAAUGUCGAGUUAGGAAUUCAGAACAAGGGAAUUCAUCUUGACGAAGAGCUCAAGGACGCAAAAGAAGACGGCAAGAAAAAGGAAAACUCGAGUGAAAGGUCCGCUCUCGACCUGGAAAAAGAUGGUGGCAAUACCUCAGAAAGCCCAGAAACUCUGCAAAGUGACCAGACUGCUAAUCCCACGGCCAAAGACAUCACCACAGAAAAUGCAACAGCCCAAACUGAAGGAGUUGUAACAAUAGAAGAAAAGCCACCUGAAAAUGUGAUCAUAACAAAUUUUUAAACGGAUGCCCAGUUUGUCAGGACAGUGUGCCAGUCUCAGGUAUGCUACACGGUACACAUUCUUCAGGGAUACUCCCUUUUCGAUUCAACCAAAACGGGUCUCUGAGUCUCUAAUGCUAAUCUACUGGAAAACGUACUGUGGAAUCCAUGACUACACCAAACAAAGCCUAUUAACUUCUUCCCUUCCAGAGUACGAUAGAACUUUAAUUAAUAUUUGAUUUUGAGUGAUUUGAAGAGUGACUUGCGAAGUGAAACCAUGCAGCAGUGACACUGUGUUGUGUUGUGAUUCAAAUUACAAUCUUCUCGGAAACACUUCUAUAUAGCACUCUAAAACUCUUAUCGUUUUUUGUAUUUUCAAGGUGAAAUUUGACUGUUUCUUUUAACUGUAUUUCAAUGUUUGAAAUUUACUAGAAUCAAGAGGAAGAGAGAGGAUGAAGGGUUAGGGAUUUAAUCCCCAUAUAGGCCUUACUCUCAAAAUAAUUAAUCUCAAGACACGGUACCCAGUUCCUCCACUGGUAAUGCUACCACGCGCGUCGCUUAGAUGUUUUCGUGGAAGAUGAAAACGCGUGUGUAAAGCCAUUAGGGCUUUCACUGUGAACGUAGCUCACAACAUAGGAUCAGUACCUUUAGACCCUACUGGGACUUUAUAGUUAAGAGUGAUCUAAGGGUAACUUAGGAGGAAGAAAGCCUAAAUGGCGGAUUAUCUUUCUUAGUCCUCAUCCUCUCUCUCAGACAAGAGCCAUGAACAUUUCGUAACUGGCAAAAUCUUUGUUUACCCGGGGAUCUUGAUAAUGUCAAUAUUUUGCUUCAAAAUAGUAUAUUUCAAGUAUUAGAAAGUACAGCUUUAUAAGAUGACCUUUGGUGACUUCGAAGUAAUACAUUUACAGCGUUUAAAUUACCAUCAAAGCUUUCAAAAUGUGGUUAAAAGUUUGGACGGAGCGUUUCCAAGUUUGCGUCAAACGAUUCGUUAAUUGUAAGUUUUUAUCUUCAUUGUUAUAGCUAACUGCUAAAUUAUACUCCCAAGCCAUAGAAACGUUAGUAGUUUGACAACAGGAGUUAGUAGUUUUUCAACAGGAGAUAUGUCCACCGCGCUCAAUUUGUUCCGCUUAUGUUUAUUGUAGUGACUCUAUGUCGUAGACGAUAUCAAUUUAUCUUAAGUCUGACAGACUUUUUUACAAUUUUCGAUACAUCUAGGGCGGUUUUUACUGGUGUGUCAAGAGUAAUUCCUCUACACUUCGGCUUAAAGAAACUGGCGCCACUUUGUCUUUCACUAAGAAGUAAAACCAAAAUCAAUCGUAUAUCGGUCGCACACGUUUUCCUGCUCUUUGCGUCAGCCACAUGUAUUUGCUUGGGGUUUGUCUGCGUCCUUUGUGUUUAGUCAGAAAUGAUUACGUUGGUUUUUUUGUUUGAGAUACUCCAUUGAAAACCGCUCUAUAAUAGUGAAGAGCUCAAACAACAAUCCUGAUUCGAGUGUAGAUUUAUAUAUAGUCGCCUCCCGAUAAUUCGAACUUGAAGAAGUUUCGAACUAUCGUGUAAAGAGAACAAAUGGCCGGAAAUUAAUAAGAAGAGGAACUGUGAUUACUGUAUUUCUAAAUCAUAAAGUGUAUAUCUUAAUCAAAAAAUGUUAUUGUAGAGAAGUCAAGUAAAAAUGUAUAAGUGCAGAUACUGGGAACUUUGCAAGUUUCGAAAAGAACGAUGUCGUUCUACAGAGACCAUUCGAUUUACUUUUUGAGGGUCAUGUUUUGACAAACAUGGUACGAGCUAUCGAAGGUAAAAUUAUCUAGAGCAUCACCUGAAGUGAAACGAAAAUAGCUUCGAGUUCGCGAAAGGUUCCAAUGAUAACGGGCUUGAGUUACUGUGGUUAAAAUUUCACUAAAAUAUGAAAGAAAUCCAGGGGGAAUUGAUCAAUUUGGUUCGAGUUAGGGCGAGGUUCAAGUUGAUUAAGUUAGCGAGGGUUUGCGUUAUCGUGAGUCGACUGCAUGUACAUUUAAAUUGUAAUGAAAUCAUAUCAUUGAAAAAAUCCGUUGUCAUGGGAUUUUUGCAUGUUUUUUUGAUCUCUAUAAGCUAAGUUAAAGACGCUAGAUUGUUAAAUGCUGAGAAGAAUAAGUAUAAUAAAGAUAAUUGAAAACAAUA